AUGACGAUCACCUUACAAGAUGUGGCAGGCAUCUUGGGCUUGCCGACCGACGGUACUGUCGUCAUCGGAUCGACCUCUGAGGAUUGGCACGCUGCUUGUGCUGGUGUUUUUGGACAUGUUCCAGAGGCCGGUGAGUUCCAUCAUUCUGGCGACCUCCGCAUCUCAUUCUUGGAUCGACAUUAUACCCGGUGGACUGAUCAUGAAGGGAAUCAUGCUGCCGAGAUCUACUUCACAAAAGCUCACAUUGCGCGGAUGUUGGGGACUUGGUUGCUGGCGGACAAGUCUGGAGGUAGCAAUUUUGGUUGUCGGCUUGUCCCGUUGCUAGGUGGAGGAUUUGAGGACAUUGGCCGAUUCAGCUGGGGAUCUGCAGUUUUGACACACUUGUUCAGGAAUUUGUGUGAAGUGACAGAUGCCCGUCGAAGCGACAUGGGUGGUUGCCAUAUUCUCCUUCAAAUUUGGGCAUGGAUACGAUUCCCACCCAUUGCUCCACCCCUUCCUCCUCAUCCACAGCCGGGCACACAUUAUGGAUGCCGGUUUAAUGCUGUACAAAAGUUUAAACCUCAUGAGGUCACCCAUUAUCGGGCAACAUUGGACACACUCUGUAGAGAUGAGGUGGUGUGGCAGCCGUAUAUAGAAUAUGAGUGGCUUGACGUGACUCCAGAGCAGCAGUAUCUGUGGCUAGCUCCCACACCUAUUAUCUACUUCCACACAGUUGAGGCAUGUCAACCGGAUAGGUGCAUGCGACAGUUUGGUCUUAAUCAACCCAUCCCGGAAAAAUCUAGAAAAUUGAGAGGAAUACAUGAUCAUACUCUACGGGGGAAGGUUGAAGAGAACUGGAGACGUAAGCUCAGGGCUCACAUUGAUCGAUGGAAUACUAGGAUUCAGCAUAUUGUACUGCCACCUCCAUUAUAUGGUUUGAUGUCACCUAAUCAUGAGUACAUGGAGUGGUUCAGAGAGAGGGGAAAGCGCUACAUAUCACGGAGGGCAGCAAAGAUAGGGCGCAUGAUUGACGGUCUUGAAAUGCUGUAUCAUGCAACAACGGCGGAGGAGUUUCCUCGAUUUGGACUACAGUAUAUCCACGAGGAGAUAGGCCGAAUUAUUGGGAUGUUUCGUGAGAGUUCACGAGUUGAUGAGCCUGGACCUGAGGCACCCCCCGUGCAGACUCAGCCUGAUCCUCAGUUGAUCGUGGAUGUUCCUCGUAAUAGACGGGAGGGACGGGGAUUAGGACGUACACGUGAGAGAGUUGCUGCUGAGCCUGUCCCGAUUAUAGCACCUAGACCAGUGGUCGAGACUCAGGGAUGGUUUAGACCUCCAGCAUUUGGUCCUACUUACGGGUCACAGCCGAUUUAUCAUCACGGAUCGCAGUAUGCGGCAGGUCCUAGUCAGGCGGCGUCUGAGCACCCUUACAUGAGCGGGCAGGAGCCAGUUUUCCAGGCUAGUCCGAUGGCUAUGGCAGGAGCGGAUCCGGCAUCCUCACAGCCUGAUUUCCAGCCCUAUUCACAGGGACUUGAUGCCGAUUACCCCUUUUGGUCUGCAGAGGACACGAUGGAGUUGUAUCGCUCUGUAGGCCUUGUUGCAGAGAGCCAUGACAGUGGGGAGACUCUAGCCACGGAUUCUCACAGUCAGGGACACACCCCUUUUGAUGUGCCGGGCAGCAGUGCAGGACCAUCAGAUGAUUUCAUCCGUGCGGCGAUGGAUGACUUCCACACUCCACCUCCACAGGACCAUCAGGGUGACCCAGUCUGGGACAGACGUAUACUACCAGAUAGGGAUGCACGACAUAGGCCAUGGCCACCGUGGUCCUAGUUUC